CAAAACUGUGGACAGUUGUAACGUUCAUCAGCGUCAUCCAUGGAUCCCGACUCUGUGCUAUGCCCAAACUGUUCGCACCGAAACAAACCACUUGUGUCAAGAUGCGCAGCUGAUAGGUUUUGUUUAUGCUGAGCCAACCAGCUGGGGAUAACGGUCCACAGUAGUCAAUCAUUGCUCAUCAGACAGAUGGGGAACCUUGCAUCCAGAGGGGUUGGCUUCGACGUGUCAGAUAUAGAUAACGGUGGGCAACGGUGGGAACUGAGACGUUUAUAUGCUCGGUUCUAGAGCACGCUAGGUACCACAGCUUGUGUCAUAUCAACAAAGGCCAGGUCCUCAUCUUCCUCAAGUAAGGAUUUACACCUUCGUUGAGCUCCUUUUUCUUGAUCCCUUUGCGUGGUUGUGGGCAAUUACAUUAACGAUACAUUUGGACGCGUGCAUCAUUCAGGUCGGAUGGCGCGUCUUCCAGCGCUUGGGUAAAUAUUUAGCUCACUGCUGCUAAUUCACUAGUUCCAUCCUAUAUCGUAUGAACCCUGGCGAUCUAGGUCGGUGUCUGAAAGAAAAAAGAUGCGUCGAUCAGGGACUUCGUUCAGCAGCUCGCCUGGUCGUUGUUAUUUAUGACAGAACAAGUGUUGGGCCAAGACCGGGAAUAACGAUACAACUCCGGUCGCUAACUGCGCUUAUUUAGUCCCGCAUGCACCAAGUGCUCACUAGUGGCGCAGCGGGCGAGACAAGCAAAUUCUAGCGCUGGGACAACCAUCAAAGUUCGACAGUCGUCGCCUCGAUAGCCUGACCAAAGCCCAGCUAACCAUUCAUUACGGUUUGCGUACAGACCGCCUAACAGAAAACAGAGAGAUUACCUUUUCUUUUUCGUUGUUGCGAGUGUGGGUGGACAUAUAUUUGGUGCCUGCCUGAAGCCCCUCCACCUUGCACGCCUGGAUUCGCCAGGAAUCUCGUUGGAGAAGCAAGGAGGAACUAAUUUCCUAUACGCCGGAAUAAACUCUCUUUCAAACCGCGUGGGAUGGUUCAUACCUCUCGGAGGGCCAGCUCGCAUUCUGUCGACGAGGCAUGACGGGCCACAGUAGCGAGCAUGAAUCCAACGAUGCUUCGCCUACCGAGUCGACCUAUCCUGGCCUCAACCCAACCUACAACCUGCCCUCGAUUCCCUCGGAGAGCAAAGGCAACCCAAUAUUACGCGAAGCCAAUUCGAUAACUGGGAAGAAAAGAAAAGCUGUUACUCCUGCGCCGUCCCGUGGUGUUGCCAACCUCACCCCGGAACAGCUGGCAAAGAAGCGGGCAAAUGACCGUGAGGCACAGCGGGCGAUUAGGCAAAGGACAAAAGCACAGAUUGAGACCCUGGAACGGCGAGUGCGAGAAUUAACCUCACAGCAGCCCUAUCAGGAUCUCCAGGCGGCAUUGAACCGGAAACGCGAAGUCGAGAAGGAAAAUGAGGAUAUUCGGAGGAUGCUCUCGUCCGUUGUGGCGAUGAUCCAGCCGGUUGUGAAUGGUGUACCUCCGCCACCUUCAGAAAAUGAUACUCCCCGUUCUUGUGAUAAUGUAGGGGUGCCCGAUGGCAAUGGCUCCGAAUAUCGUUCGUGGUCAUGCCAAUCGCACGUUGAACCCCCGUCUCCCGCCUCUCACUCCGACCCGCCAGCAUCCCAUCAUUCAACAAUACCACACCCAGACCCUCCUCUUCGCACUCCAGCAGCGAGCCUCGACUUGGGUACAGGGCCGGGUAUGUGUGUUGUUGAUUCCCCGAGGAGCAUGGAGCCUCUUUCUCCUUCGACUACGGGAUCUCCAGGAUAUGCACUCCGUCCAAACUGGCCUGGGAAUUCCGUUCCUACACAGCAAUCCGAAGCCCGAUACACACUCACAAAUGGCUUUAAUGCACAACGGCAGGGACUAACACAUGGCCUAGACUUCUCGGGGUCGGGGGAAAGACUAGGUUUUAAUUUCCUCGUGGACUCCCCUCGACAUAUCCCCAAGAUCUCGGAACCGCGAGGAAACUCAUCCUCACCGUCUUUCAACAUUUCAACCCGUUUUCGCUACCUUCACCCGUCCCAUAACAACCUCUUUGAUCCGUGCAUAGCUCCCCACAUGGUCCCGGUUCGCAACGUGGAUCCCACUUGCCCCAUGGACGCCAUUCUUUUGGACUUCCUUCACACCCGCCAACGCGAGGCGGCGGAUGGCGCAUCCAAACAAAUCCUUGUGGGGCCACCAUAUCCCAGCGUUUCAUCUCUCCUCAACCCUGCAAAAAGCGCAUACUCUCAUCCCCUCUCAAAAGUUUUCACCGACAUCCUCAGCAAAUUCCCCGGCAUAAGCAAUCUUCCCGAACAAGUAGCCAUCCUAUACGUGAUGUUCCUCCUUAUGCGAUGGCAGAUAUACCCAACCCAGCAAAACUACGACCGCCUCCCGGAAUGGCUUACCCCACGCACUUCACAAAUCAUGACACCCCAUCCAGCGUGGAUGGAUUAUCUCCCCUGGCCACGCAUGCGAGAUCGUAUGGUUGCGUCGUACCCAGACUACGAUUUUCAAAACUGGUUCAUCCCGUACACCACAACGCUGAGCAUCAAUUGGCCAUACGAGGCGACUGAUACUCUUCUCACACCCUCAGACUCUGAAGAGCUCAUAAUCAAUCCGGUCUUUGAGCGGCAUCUGCGCAACUUGAAUAACUGGUCCCUGGGCCCGGCUUUUGCCAGGGCGUAUCCGGGCCUUGUCGACACGACUAGGAUUAUUCCCGAAUUAAAAGACUAUGGCCCUACUGCUGCUAACAGAUCGGUUGAUUGACAUACUCAGAGAAAGUGAUUGCUCAGAUCGUGAGCCUUAAUGUUUAUACGUCUUUUACAAUGCAUAUAAAAAAAAAUAUACGAAUACGCCACUGAACUACCUUUACGCUGCGUGCUUGAACGCCAUGCCCAGCCCACAUUAACUUAACUGUUUAUAUUUUACAUCCGAAAUAAGGGUUCCACGCUCUUAUACAUAUCUCCCGGAUCCAUCGUCCAAUCCUGCAUCUUACCUACUUCAUAUACCUACCCAGGGGCCUAUAGGUGCCUGCCUACAUUGCUGGUAUUUUACUUGUCAAGCCACCAGGGAAAAAGCGCCUAGUUUGCAAAUGUGCAUGUAUCGUUCCUUCUUCCUCUUUUUACUCUUUUUCCUUCCAUUUGCAUUUCAUGACUCAUUUCUACAAUACCUUUUGGCAAUAACAACAUUGUCAGUGGGUGCAACAAGAAGGGUAGAGCCGCUCUAUUUUCAUUUUCACUUUUCUUUUCUACCCCGAAAAUAGUUUUUCUCUUUUUGGUAUGGAAUAAGGUCUGGGGGGAGCCAUCUGUUUACUUUUAUUUUUAACCUCUUAAUUUCGAUGUUCCUAUUCUUUUAAUUAAUUUGGUUCUUUUACUUUUUGGAUUCAUAUAUUUUAUAUGUCGCGUUUGCCUUUUAUUCAUUUGUUAGAAUUUCCCACUUUUGUUCUCAUUUCUGUUGGUUUUCUUUGAAAGGGGCUGCGUUAUUUCCCUU